AUGGGCAUGGGCAUGGGCAUGGGCAUGGGCAUCACCGUGAGCCAUGUGGCUCGUGAGCAGCAAGGACGGGUCAAGCUGGACUCGCCACGGCCAAUGCCGUCCUGGGCACUAACCCCGAUGCAGUGGACUGGAAUUUUGGGAUCGCAGGCUUGGGUUCGCAAAGUCGGAGCCCAUGCCGUCAUGCCGUCAUGCCGUCAUGCUCACCAUGGGGGACGGGGGGCAAAGGACAUCGGCCGGGCCUUUGCAGCCAGCCCUACAGGCUACAGCCGAGCCCAAGGGGGGUUGUCUGGACUCUAG